UUGUGCCGGAACGAUCUUGGCUUUUGCAGUACAGCUGGACAGCGAAGGGGGCGUGCCGCUGCAAGCACGGUUCGUCAGUGGGUUUUUAGUUAUCAUGGUCGACAAGUUAAGUGAAGUUUAAAAGCAAGAAGGAAAAAAAACUAUACUUGUUCGAACUAUAAUAGAGCAAACUGUGUCUGCCGUUUAGGAAGCAAACCUCUGGUUUCAAUGAAUUGCACCAGGGUUCUGCAGAUACUGAACCCCAGGCCAAUGCCAAGUCCAAUUAUGCCUGUGGAUGUAGCAAUGAGAAUUUGUCUGGCACAUUCACCGCCUCUUUGCAGUUUCCUCAGUUCAUAUGAGGACUGCAAGUCCAGGAUCCUAGUCAACCAGUACAAACCUCUGAGAUCCUGCAUCAGUAACAAGACAGAUGUCGACACAGAUAACAUAGGAUGGAAGAGACCUGAGAUCAAAAACAAAAAGAAAGUAGUUUUUGCUGACUCCAGAGGCAUGUCUCUGACAGCAGUCCAUGUAUUCAAGGAACUUGAGGAAGACCCCAUGUUAGACCUGCAGUUCGAAUUAUCAGACUUGGAGGAUGCCAUUGUGGGCCUGAGAGGGGAGAAGGAGAAUAAUUUGAUUUUGGAUUUCACUCAGCCUGCUGCAGACUAUUUGGACUUUCGGAACCGUCUAAAGAAGAGUCUGGUAUGCUUGGAAAACUGUAUAAUUCAAGAGAGAUCCCUCACCGGCACAGUCAAAGUGAGCAGCGUAAGCUUUGAGAAAAUGGUCCAUGUGCGAAUAACAUUUAAUUCAUGGAAAAGUUAUGCUGAUAUUCCUUGUACAUACAUGAAUAAUGUUUAUGGUUGUGAGGACGUUGACACUUUCUCGUUUUCCAUCGAACUUCCGAGUUUUGUGCCCCCACAUGAGCAGGUAGAGUUCUGCAUAUCCUACAAAACUAAUGAUACCACAUACUGGGACAAUAACGAUGGAAAAAAUUACAAGCUGGGCCAUGCAGAGAACGACCUCAAUCAGACCAGUGUAACCCAACAGAGGGCAACAGAUUUCAAGAAUCAAGGGAAACGUCCAGAGAUGGAAUUUGAUCAAUUUGGGAGCCCGAGAAUGUCUAGUGGAUUCUUCCCCGAGUGGCAGAGUUGGGGUCAUAUUGAGAACAACACCCCCUACUGGUGAAAGUUCAAGAACCCAGAUAAACUUGAAGUAAAUGUUGUAACAAGGACAAAUGCAAAUGGUUUUAGAAUUGACUUUUGAAAAAUCUGAAUAAUUGAUAUUAGCAAUGAUUUCCUCAAAAGAAAACCUUUUGGCCAUGUGUGACCAUCUUUCAUACUUUCCAAAAUAAUUCAAUGUUGGUUCUGAGAUGCACAUUUAGUUUAAAAUGAGAAGUUUGGACUCUAUGCAAGUUUGAGACUAACCACGUUAACCAAAUGGCAGUUACUGAGAAUGAAAAAUGUUGGUUUAUGUAAUUUUCAAAUUUUUUAGCACACUAUAUACACUAUUUUGUAGAUCUUACAUGGGGUAAACCAAUAAUUUUCAUGACAUAGAUGCCUUCCUUUGUGUUAUUCUGUGAUUAGUAAUAAUCUGUUUUACUACAAGCAACAACACCAAUAAAUACAGUAAAGAUAAAAGAUACAAAUACAAUAAACAGUGAUUUUCAGGUUUUUUUUAAGUUAGGUCUAACCGUUUUAGGUACAUAAAUGUAAUAAAGUAGUCAAAUGUAAAAUAGCAUUGAAUAUUUUACUGUAUAAAUUAAAGAUUAAUCUGUAUUAAUGUUAUAAAAGCUAUUCGAUCAUGAGCAGUGAGUGAUUUCCUUGUUUUUGCUGUAUGAUUAAUAUUAAGAAAGUGCUGUCAUUUUAAGAUAAUGCACUAAUCCAGUGCACUGAAACAGUACGUUCAGCUGGUUAUGUCUGCUAUAGUAUAUUUUCCAAGACGUGCAUUUUGGCAUAUUUUUUGUGUGAAUUUGUCUAUUCAAACACAAUACUUUAGAGAGAGAUUAAUAUUUGCACACGUUCUAAGUGCACUUACAAAUCUUCUCUUCUGGCUCUUAAAUGUUUAAACUGGCAAAGUUUAAAUGAGUUUAGUUUAAACACAGAUAGCAACGUGUGCUGUUCAGGUCUCACCUGUGCACGUGCGCUAUUAGCACGAUGGAAUACAUGACUGCUCCUCAUAUUCCAGCAUACGGCACUCGCGUUGAACAAGAGUGAAUGGCUUGUCCGCAGUUUGUUGUUUUUUUUAUCACUUUUGUUUUAAUGUACUGGGAAGCCACAAUGCACAUCCAUUAACAGAAACAUACAUUAGCUGAACACUGUUUGUUUUAUGCGUUGUUGUCAGAUUCAAGUUAAACCGCGUUCCUAGUGUGUGCCGAACCAUGUGAGGAAAACCGCACGGCUCAAUUUUUUACAGAGAACUGCUCCAUCCCUAUCAUUCUAUCUAAAGUCAUUGAAUUUUUGGAAGUCCUCUUUAAAGAGACAGUUUAACCCAAAAUGAAAGUUUUGUAAUUGAUUCAACCUCCAAACGUAUGCAUUUAUUUUAUGUUAACACAAAAUGUAUCAGUGUUUUUAUUUAUUUAUUUUAUUUUAUUUUUUGCCAUAUAAUGAAAGUAAAUGUUGUUAAGGACCCCACUGACUUUCAUUGUAUGGACAAAACAAUUAUUCAAAUGAUGUUCUCUAGUGUUCCACUGAAUAAUAAGUUGUUUAAGUUUAAUACCGUGUGAAGGUGAUUAAAAGAUAACAGAAUUUUCCAUUUUGAGUGAAUUGUCCCAUUAACAGUAGUGAACAAAGCGUGUGUAAUUUUAAUAUUAUGGAAAAAUCUGGUACAAUGUGAGAUUGCUUCAUAUUGAAGUUUUUGCAUCUCAUUUGAUAGUACCAGUGUAUCUUUCACUUUCUAGUGAAUGCACUAAGCAAGCAUGACGCAUUAUAAAGAAGUCCAUGAGAGAUAAUAAUGUCCAUUAAGUGCUAAAUAUCUGCUGUUGCACUUCCCUUUUUUCCUACGCCUGUUCUACUUUUUUAAAGAUGCACUUUCCUAAAACAAUGCUGCAUUGUGAUUUAUUACCCAUGUGUGGAAACUCUCCAGUGUUAUUUGGAGGAAAGAAGAUGAGGGAUUUGGAUGCAACUUUAUGAAGGUCAUAGUCAGUAAAGGAGAGUUGCUAAGAGUGAUAAUAUUGAAUGAGAUUGUUGCUUUUUUUCCUGAUUGUUUUUUUCCUCUUCAAUUUCAAUAGAAAAACAAGUUGAGGCCUUGAAAAUGGUGGUUGUGGACUGUGAUGAACCGCGAGCUGCUGUAAUUGCGAAGAGGGAUCAUGUUUGAAUGUAAAAAGGAGCCUACACAAGCCAUAGUGUAUGCCUACAUAUUUUUCUACUGCAAAGAAAGAUGUUUGUUUGAAAGAAUCUUGUACUAUACUCUUUCUUCCUGGUAUAAAUAAAGCCUAAUGUUUCUAUGA